AUGGGCGAGCAUAAUCUCCUUAAUCCAGGGUUUGUGGGACCUUUGGUAAACAUCCACACUGGAGACACAUUUUACUUUCCGAAUUUUAGAGCCUCAGGGGGACAACUGGCGGGGCUACCGUCGCUCUCCUACCCGAGAAGGGACAAUGUUUGCUCCCUCCCGUGGAAUCCUUCGGAGCCGUGCAAUGGAUAUUCUCAAUCCUACUUUAGCAGCCCCGUUUCUAUUAACCCCUCUUUCAAUCGGUCGUGUGAAAUCAGCAGACCAGAUGAAGGUAAAUGUUAUUAUAACAACGGCAACGGGAACAGGGAGACCUGUUCAGGUGGCAGCAGCCUCAAACGAGAGGAUAGGGCGAGAGACACAUCAUCAUUAACAUCUGACCACGGGAUGCACAGUGGAAUUGGCAACACAGCUGCCUUCUCCAAAUACGAUUAUGGGACCGAGCAACUAACACAAGACCCGCCAUCCUGUCAGUCAAUGGAAUCUGACUCCAGCUCCUCUCUGCUAAACGAGGGCAGCAAGCCUCCAUCCAGCGACACACAGACCCUGGUGUCACCGGGAAGCCAUUCAGGCAACAUAGCUGCAGGCGGAGGUGCCCCAUGGUACCCGAUGCACACUCGGACCAGAAAGAAGCGCAAACCGUAUUCUAAACUUCAGCUGGCUGAGCUGGAAGGUGAAUUCAUGCUGAAUGAGUUCAUCACCAGGCAGCGGCGGAGAGAGCUCUCCGACCGUUUGAACCUCACCGACCAACAAGUGAAGAUCUGGUUCCAGAACCGCAGGAUGAAGAAGAAGAGACUCAUGCUGAGGGAGCAAGCCUUGGCCUACUUUUAGAGAUGCGGCAGAAGGUGAAUCGAUAGGCAGUAAAAGCCAAGCCUUCUACGCUCUCUUGGGUCUUAUUUCAAUGCAUGCACUCAUCUAUCCAUCUUUUAGAUUGCAAACAAUUAUUACGACAAUUUCUGAUUAUUAUUUCUUCUAAAAGGUGCGGGCUGCAUAAGUCCACAAAUAGCCACUAUCUUGCAUUCAAAGCUAUAAUGAACAUGUCAGUAAGACUGCCUUUAUGUGUGGUAUAAUUGCACAAAAAAGCUUUGAGAAUGUGGUAUUGGAUGCAUCUCCUGCGUUUCCUGAUUUGUAAAGUGAUUAGUCACAUGCAAACCAUGAGAAAUAUGCAGACGAGGCAUUAACUCAGUUUGGGAUGACACAUCCUUUCUGUUACUUUUUUUAGUUAGAGAAAUGAGAAAGGAAGAGAGGCCACUUGGUAAAAUCUAAAAAAAAUAGGCGUAGAAACAUCAGUGUAGUCAGAAAGACAGAGAAACCCAGUUGCAGCCGCAUCCGCGCAAUAAUUUCUCUGAGGAUAUGCAUUUAUAAUUAAGAGCUGCCUACCGGUUUCUUAAUACUUCCACUGCCACAAUGUGUUGGGUAAGAGAAACAUAAUCCUUAUCUCCGUUCUACAGUUUUCUCCAGGCUAUGUGGGCACGUUCACGGUCACGGGCAGGAAGUCUGCAUGAGGAGAGGGAGGGCUAAAACCGCAAUGUAAUCCGUAUCGAUAUCUUUAUGACUGCGCAUUGAAACAUGAAUUGCCAUGACUUUGCUCAUGUGCUAACAAGUUUAAAGGUAUUUUUUCAGCCUUUUAUUACCUUGUAUUAGCCUAACAACAAUCACAGAAUCCUGCAUGGAUUGUAUUUGUUUAGUUGAGUGACGUCAGAGUUUCAAUACGGCUUUGAAAUGCUAUUAAAAGUCUAUGUCCAUACUUUGCCCGUUAAAAAUAGUUUAUUCAACAAUUUACCCGCCAGGAUCGGUAUUGGAAAUAUUCAGCAGUACAUUUCAGGCAAACUCAGUUAAGCAAGGAAUCCGCAUAUAGUGGGAACUGGGGUUGGGUAUACGUUUUUAGUCCCGAAAGAGCAUUUCUGAAACUUGGUGCUCAUUAUAAAAAUAAAUAUUUAGAAAUUUAGAAAAAGUUAAUCAUAGGUCUACGUGUGUGCUCUCGUAAUAUGGGGCGAAUGCAGUGCAUCAUCUGUAAUGUAUAACGAGUAAGAUAUAACAGUGAAAUGUAUUAUGAGCAUGUUAUUGAUGUGAAAUAGCUAUAAGUCAUGUUCUGCGGGCCACUUUUUCUGUAGGUGACUUUUUUAUACCUUUUUUUCCUGAAAAAAAUCCAAGCUCGAACAAAACAUUAAACAUUUUUGACAAAACGUCUACAAAGAAUGUAUUAAGAUAAUGUUUAUUAUUAUUAAGAUUAAGGGACGGAGGGCUUAGGCCUACUAAAUGUACUUGCUCCUUGCAACGUGCUCAAUGUUGUCUCUUUCAUUACCUUGUACUCGUGUAUAACUUUGUAAAAUUAAAUUACAUAUGUUACUUGUUGCAUCCAGUCUGAGGAUCCCUUAUCGCUAUGUAAUAGUGCGUUUUGUUUUUGAUCGUCUUGUACAAUAUCGCAUUCCAAAUAACCUCUUGGUGGUUGUAAGGGUUGGAAAUGUAUGCCUAUCAUACUAUUCUUCUAUGAUCAAAUGAAUAUAAGAAAUAGUAUGGACGAAUUUUCACUAUACAGGGCAUUUAAACAAACCCCUUUUCAGUGUAAUAGUUGUUUGUCGUUCUUACAUUUCGUCCCUCACUGCAUUCCCUUCUUUGCGCUUGUAAGGAUUGCUACAUUGUCUUGUAAAAGUAAUAAUGAUAUGAAUGUAUAUG